AUGAAAUUCCUCCUUGCUAGUUGCGUGCUUCUGUUCGUGUUCGGAGUACUAAUCCAAGCGGACAGCAACCAAUGGGGACGCCGCAUACCGGGUGACAGGCUGCUCAACUCGACCACCAUCGUGAAUAAUUCGUUUCCGGUGCCGAUUAAAUCAACCGUUUAUCAGUACCAACCACCGCUAGGAGCCGUCCGGCCCCCGAAGCUAAGCUACAUUGUGGCCCGGGAUAAUGUGCGACCUGGUUUGGGUGGUUUUGCGGCGUUAAUUUCCGGCGGAGUCAAUCGAACGACGGCAACACUUAAGCUCAGCUCAAGACCGAACCUGGGAUUCAACUUUACCGUAGAGGUUUACGGGAAAUAG